AUGACCGAUCUCGAACUCUCCAAAACCUCGAAGUCACCAGAACCCAUAGCGAAUAUGCGUUUGUACGGGAUUCUUUCGGUCGCUUUCGGCGCCAUUGCGCUUGCUGCACCCACGCCGCAGGGAGAAGAUGUCGCGAACAUUGGUCCAUGUCCGCGCGACUGCUGGAACGAAGCCGCCGCAGAAGCCGGCUGCGAUCCCAACGUCGACGACGACUGCCUAUGCGGUCCUUUCUUCGAUGGCGUCACCUCAUGUGUCUCCGAGACAUGCGGAAUCGCCGAUAAUCUCUCGACGCUUUACUUCCUCGAGCCAGCAUGUGCAUAGGGACGAAGGAAUCGUGGGAAGCAAAAAUGAAAACAAAGACUGUAUUCUAUCAUGUAUCAAAGGUUAGCGGUCGGCUGGAGCGAUCGUCGGAAAGAAAACGGACGAGUACGAUAAAUACCCCCGCAUUUGAGUUAUACUUUCAAUGAAUCAC